AUGUCUGAAGCUCUUGAUAUCUCUUUGUUAAAGGGAACCCCUGAGCAGAGAGAGGCGACUAGUGCCGCGCUCCUUAAGAUCCUCAAGACCCGAGGAGUGGCCAAAUUGAAGAACCACAGCCUGCCUGAUGAGCUGAUCGAGAAGCUCUUUGACUAUACUCGUCGCUUCUUUGCGCUUCCUUUGGAAGACAAAAUGACUGCAAAACAUCCCCCCGAGUCUACACCCAACAGAGGGUACAGCUACGUGGGACAAGAGUCUAUCUCCAGCAUCAGUGGCUUUGAAAAGGGUCUGCCACAAGGAAAAGCCGUCCGGGAUAUCAAAGAAACGUACGAUCUCGGAUCCGCACGCGAUGACCUGGUCGACAACAUCUGGAUGGAAGAAGACAAGCUGCCUGGCUUCCGCAGCUUCAUGGAGGAGUUCUACGACAGCUGCUUCAAAGUCGAACUGGAAAUCCUGGCCGCCCUGGCCAACGCCCUCGGAAUCCCCGAAUCCCAAAUGGUUGAGCUGCACAACAAAGCCGAGAACGAGUUCCGCCUGCUGCAUUACCCUCCCACUCCCGCAUCAGAGCUGGCCGAUGGAAGUGCGACGCGCAUCGCAGAACACACCGAUUUUGGUACGAUCACCAUGCUCUUCCAGGAUUCGACCGGAGGGCUGCAGGUGGAGGAUCAGACGCAGCUGGGCACCUUCCACGGCGUCGAGUCGAGUGGCAAGACGGAGAUUAUCUUGAAUAUCGGCGAUUCGUUGCAGCGGUUGACCAACGACACGUUCCGGGCUGCGUGUCAUCGUGUCACCUAUCCUCCCACAGUGAGCCAGGGAUCGGAUGAGAUGAUUCCAGAGCGGUUCUCGAUUGCGUACUUUGCCAAACCGAACCGGAAUGGGUCGUUGUUUCCGUUUAAGCAGUUUGUGACACCGCAGACGCCGUGCCACUAUGAGGAUAUCACGGCGUGGGAUUACAACAACUUGCGAAUCGCCAAAUUGUUUGCAGCUUAG